CAAGGGACUCUGGUGCCCUAGGCAUUCGAGGCACUGUGCAAAUUGGAGGUUGGAGCUGAUAGCCGAAACUCUUAGAAGGCCUUUCUCCAACAGUGCCAAAUCGUGCCUUUGGGCCCUCCGGAGCACGGGGUGCCCAAAGACCCGCUGCAACGGCAGUCCUCGCCUGUUUCUCCCAGCUCCCUGUGGAGGGUCACCAGAUUCCCCGAGACAGGGCUCAAGCCUCUUUAACAUCCUCUUCCUUCCGCUCUUCCACGGGCCACUCCCACCGGCCUCAAGUUCAACGAAUCAGCUGCCAGCCCUAGGCAGCUAACGAGAAAUGCCAGACCGCCAGCUGCGCUCGCUGGCGGGGGUCUGCGACUGCAGUGACCUCGGGUGUGGCCUACGCCUUUUGAACCUACGUCUCCACCUGGAGCCCCACACCAGGGCCACGUCUGCCAGGAACCAGGGCCGCGGCUCGCGCGCUGGCGCGCGGGGGAAAGAAAAAGAACAUCGGCGGUGGGAAUGGAGAGGGGAAAGGCCAAGAAAGAGAAUGAAAAGUCAUCUUCAAGCAGUAGGGAAACGGUAAAGCUAGAGAGGGAAAAAAAGAAGGAUGUGGAAGCAAAAAGCAGCAAGGAGCUGAAAGAGAGGAGGGAAGAGGAGAGAAGGAAGUCUAAUGAGAUGAAAAACAAGAAAGGGAAAGAGACAGGAAAGGAAGAAGAGAAAAGGAGGAGUGUAGACUCGAGGAGCAGGGAAGUUGGGAAAGAAAAGGGGAAGGAAGAAGAGAAAAGGAGGAGUGUAGACUCGAGGAGCAGGGAAGUCGGGAAAGAGAAGGGGAAGGAAGAAGAGAAAAGGAGGAGUGUAGAGUCGAGGAGCAGGGACAUUGGGAAAGAAAGGGGGAAGGAAGAAGAGAAAAGGAGGAGUGUAGACUCGAGGAACAGGGACAUUGGGAAAGAAAGGGGGAAGGAAGAAGAGAAAAGGAGGAGUGUAGACUCAAGGAACAGGGACAUUGGGAAAGAGAAGGGGAAGGAAGAAGAGAAAAGGAGGAGUGUAGACUCGAGGAACAGGGACAUUGGGAAAGAGAAGGGGAAGGAAGAAGAGAAAAGGAGGAGUGUAGACUCGAGGAACAGGGACAUUGGGAAAGAGAAGGGGAAGGAAGAAGAGAAAAGGAGGAGUGUAGACUCGAGGAACAGGGACAUUGGGAAAGAAAAGGGGAAGGAAGAAGAGAAAAGGAGGAGUGUAGAAAUGAAAAUCAAAGAGAAAGGGAAGGAAGAAGAAAAAAGGAAAAGCGUGGAUGUGAAAAUGAAGGAGAAUGGGAAAGACAAAGGGAAAGAAGAGAAAAGUAAAGAUGACCUGAAAAACAAGGAGAAUGAGAAAGAGACGGAAGUCAAGGAGGAAGAGACGGAAGUCAAGGAGGAAGAGACGGAAGUCAAGGAGGAAGAGCCGGAGAAAGAGAAGGAACAGGUCACAGAAGAGGUCAAGGAAAGCAGCAGCACAGAAAUGGUCAAGGAAAGCAGCAGCACAGAAAUGGUCAAGGAAAGCCUCAGCACAGAACUGGUCAAGGGAAGCAGCAGCGCAGAACCGGUCAAGGAGAGCAGCAGCACAGAAAUUGUCAAGGGAAGCAUCAGCGCAGAACCGGUCAAGGAAAGCAGCACAGAAAUUGUCAAGCGAAGCAGCAGCGCAGAACCGGUCAAGGAGAGCAGCAGCACGUCGAUUAGAACCCUGUACCUGCCGCCGGAGACAAAUAAGCAGAUCCUAGUCCUAGGCCUGGAUGGAGCAGGAAAGACCAGUGUCCUCCACCUGCUGGCUUCCAACAGAGUCCAGCCCAGCGUGGCACCAACCCAAGGUUUCAAUACAGUUUGCAUCAGCACAGAAGACAAGCAGAUGGAGUUCCUAGAGAUUGGUGGGAGUGAGCCUUUCCGCUCCUACUGGGAUUCCUACCUGCCCACGGGUUGGCUGCUGAUCUUUGUGGUGGAUGCAGCGGAUCACAAACGAUUACCGGAAGCCAAGAAGUGCCUUCAUCAGCUAAUGGAACAAAAUCCAGCACUCCCUCUGGUUGUGUUUGCCAACAAACAGGACCUUGAAGCAGCCUAUCACAUUACAGAUAUCCAUGAUGCUUUGGCACUGUCCGAAGUGGGGAGUGACAGGAAGUUGUUCUUGUUUGGAACUCAGGUGACUGGGAAUGGCUCAGAGAUACCCACUACCAUGCAAGAUGCCAAAGACCUUAUCGCACAUCUGGCCACAAAUACGUAGAAGUGACUAGGACCCGGCCCACUACUCAACUCACCAUCAAACCAUCACCAUAAAGGAAUGAAUGGCAGGCUUACGCCAAAGGUUUCCAAUUUCAAUAAAAAAUAAGCCAUUUCCUAUUCUUUUAAUGCAAAGCGUAUAUACGGAGAACUCAAAUUCACUAAGAUUUUUUUUUUUUUUUUAGAUUUUUAACUUUAAAUUUUGUUUUGAGGGAAGUUUACAUUUUUGUUUGAUUUUGGUGCUGAGAGGUGAACCCUGGGCCUCACGUGUUAAGCUUGCCAUUGAACAUGGGGCUGUAUCAAAAAACCUGGAUUACUCAAAAGUGAAAAUUGUCUUACCAAGCCUUCAUCCCACAUACGGCUUUUAUGUUUUGUGUGUAUGUUCAUUUGCAUACAUGUGAGGUCAAAAGAUGACUUUGGGGGUCCUUUCUCAGGAACUAUAAAUCUUGUAUGGUCUUUUUUUUGUAGUUUGCAUGAAUCAAACCCACAUACCCAUGCUUGCACAGGAAGUACUUUAUUCCUGUCCGGUCCUGUCCCAUCUGGUGAUACACCCCCAUCCCCACCUCGAUGUCCGCGUCCUCCACGUGUGGUUCAUCAAUAGCAAUAGAUUAUUUAUUUAUUUAUGAGGCAGGGUUUCUCUGUGUAGCCUUGGCCAUCCUGGACUUGCUCUGUAGACCAGGCUGGCCUCGAACUCACGCGGCUAAUAGCGAUAAAUUUACAUAAAAACAUUUAAAUAAACUUUUUCUUUUUGAGAAAAA